UUAAAAACAGCAUUCACUUCUACACGACUUUGCUAAGCUGUGUUUUGCAACCAGCAUCGAACAGGAAUGAGGGACGGAGCGCUGUGACUCCUUUGAAGAAUCAGAUAGCCUUCAGGAACCAGCGCGCGCGCUUGCGUCAUCCAGCAGACAGCGAACUGAUCUGAAUCCUCGCGAUUCACAGCAGCGUCAAUCAAGAGCUUUAUGAUUGACAUGCAACAGCUAGUGUUCCCACUUUGUCGUGUUUUAUUGGAAGCUCACGCAUAUAAUACAAGAAGUGGGAAAUAUUAAACUUAAAAUAAGCUAUAAAUAAGUUAAUCGUCUAGGUAGUUUGCCAGUGCAAAGUUUUAUUUAUAAUUUAAACACUUAAGGCUGGUUCUUAGGGAGAGGAGCGUCAUUAUUAGUGCAGGAUCUGAGCUGAGGGUGGGAUCAGCUGAUGAUAAGAUACACGUGUUACAGUGCAAGGGUCCUACUUGACUCUAGUCUACCUCAAGAGGUAAUCUGACCUGAGAGGUGUAGAGGACUGAAGAGGAGCAACCACCCUCUCGGAUUGCUUUAUUUUAGUGAUAGCUUUAUUUUUUUUCUCUAAAGUCAUAAUUUCAGUUGUUUUCUCCACCUCAAAGAUGUCCUGCCUGUUGCUUGGAGUACUAAGGAGGCGAAGUGCCAUCAGUACAGCUUCAGUGGGCGUGCGGUCACUCGCCUCCAUCCCCUCUCUGCCCCCAUCAGUGGCUGAGUUUGUGUCGGGCGCUGUGACCGAAUGUAAACCGUCUAAAGUGCACGUGGUCACUGGCACUCCAGAGGAGGCAGCAGACAUCCUGGCCAACUUAGAGAAAGAUGGCAUGGUGAAGAAACUCACCAAAUAUGAAAACUGCUGGAUAGCACGUACUGACCCUAAAGACGUGGCUCGCGUGGAGAGUAAAACUGUGAUUGUCACUAAGGACCAAAGAGACACUAUUCCCAUUCCCACCGGAGGUGCCAAGUCCCAGCUGGGCAGCUGGAUGAGUGAGGAGGUCUUUCAGAAAGCCAGAGAGGAACGCUUCCCUGGAUGCAUGGCAGGACGCACUAUGUAUGUUAUCCCCUUCAGUAUGGGCCCUGUGAACUCUUCUCUCGCUAAGUUUGGCGUUCAGGUGACUGAUUCACCAUAUGUGGUGGCCAGCAUGGGCAUCAUGACACGCAUGGGGACACCUGUGCUGGAGAAACUAGCUGAGGGGGCGGAGUUUGUGCGCUGCCAGCACUCUGUGGGCCGACCUAUACCACUCAAAGCUCCUUUAGUAAACAGCUGGCCUUGUAACCCGGACAAGGUGUUGAUCUCACAUCUUCCUGACACCAGACAGAUCCUGUCCUUCGGCAGCGGUUACGGUGGAAACUCGCUCCUUGGAAAGAAGUGCUUUGCCCUUCGUAUCGCCUCACGCAUUGCCAAAGACGAAGGCUGGUUGGCUGAACACAUGCUGAUUCUCGGAAUCACAAAUCCUCAGGGUGUAAAACGUUACAUUGCAGCAGCAUUCCCGAGCGCUUGUGGGAAAACGAACCUUGCCAUGAUGAAACCAUCACUACCAGGCUGGAAGGUUGAGUGUGUGGGCGAUGACAUCGCCUGGAUGAAGUUUGACAGUCAGGGUAAACUCAGAGCUAUUAAUCCAGAGAAUGGUUUCUUUGGAGUUGCCCCCGGGACGUCCAUGAAGACAAACCCUCAUGCCAUGGCAACAAUCUCCAGGAACACGGUGUUCACUAACGUGGGAGAGACCAGCGAUGGGGGUGUUUGGUGGGAGGGUCUGGAACCACCUGCUCCGGGAAUCCAACUCACAGACUGGCAUAAGAAAUCCUGGAAGUAUGGUGAUUCUACACUGUGUGCUCACCCGAACUCCAGGUUUUGUGCCCCGGCUGGCCAGUGCCCCAUCAUAGACCCACUCUGGGAAAGUGACGAGGGCGUCCCCAUUGAUGCCAUUGUAUUUGGUGGCAGAAGACCAGAAGGUGUGCCUUUGGUGUACGAGUCAUUUAAUUGGCGUCAUGGUGUGUUUGUGGGUGCAGCCAUGAGAUCCGAAUCCACAGCUGCUGCUGAACAUAAAGGUAAAGUAAUCAUGCAUGACCCCUUUGCUAUGCGUCCUUUCUUCGGCUACAACUUCGGCGACUACCUGGCCCACUGGUUGAGUAUGGAGACACGCAAGGGCCCCACCAAACUCCCCAAGAUCUUCCACGUCAACUGGUUCCGGAAAGAUCAGAAGACCGGCUCUUUCCUGUGGCCAGGGUUUGGAGAAAACGCCCGCGUCCUCGAGUGGAUCUUCAAACGAUGCGGCCGUACCAGUGAAGAGGAAGCUGCCACCAAAAGCAUUGUGGGAUGGAUUCCACAAAACGGUGCCAUAAACACAGAAGGCCUGGGUGGGAACAUCGAUAUGGGCGCCCUCUUUGACCUGCCCAAACCCUUCUGGCAGAAGGAAACACAGGAGCUUCGGACCUACUUCACCCAGCAGGUUGGAGCUGAUCUACCUGCACAAGUGGAAGGAGAGCUGAGGGCGCUGGAGGAGAGAGUGAGGAACUGAACAGAUGCUACAUUACACUGAUGUUGAGUAGAUGUAAAGAAUAGGAUGGGUUGAGGUAGAGGGGACUGUUUUAAUGUGACUUUUGCACUGAAGUGGACGCUGUACCUGAGAAACACAAAACCAAAAAGUUCACCAUCAGUGGUAUCAGUACCUAGGUGCCUUAUUUUAUUUUACAGUAGAAGCUAAAAACUCUAUUUAAUGUUUACAAGAUAUGUCCCAAAAUGCCUUUUAGAUUAUUUUUUUUCUGUUCAAACAAGACAAUAUUAUGAAUUCGAUAUAUAUAUAUAUAUAUAUAUAUAUAUAUAUAUAUAUAUAUAUAUAUAUAUAUA